AUGGCCUUCAACCUUCAAAACCCUUUUAUCAUUUUCCUUUAUGUGUGUUCAAUUGCUUCUCUUGUUGCAAGCCAUCAACUCUUUGUCAAUGGAGACGGAUAUUCACCUGCUUUAGGGACAUGGUAUGGAGACCCAAGAGGCGCUGGAAGUGGAGGAGCUUGUGGAUGGGCUAAUGAUGUACAAUCUCCUCCAUUCUCAGCCAUGAUAGCAGCAGGAAAUGCAAGGAUUUUUUUGCAAGGCAAAGGAUGUGGAGAUUGUUAUCAGAUUAAAUGCAAUCGAGAGCCAUACUGCUCUAAGAACCCUAUUAGAGUUACAAUAACCGAUGAAUGCCCAGGUGCAUGUAACAAUGUUCCAUUUCAUUUUGAUUUAAGUGGAACUGCUUUUGGUGCAAUGGCGAAUCCAGGACAAGCUGAUAAUCUUCGUAAUCUCGGCCAAGUUGAUAUUCAAUAUCGAAGGGUGCAAUGCUACUAUGGUAGAACAAAGAUCGCUUUCAAGAUUGACGCAAAAACAAACCCUUAUUGGUUUGCAACUGCAAUAGAAUUCGAAGAUAAAGAUGGUGGACUUCGGUCAGUGGAGAUAGCCUCUGCUAAUACGCGACGGUUUGUUCCAAUGAAGAAUAUUUGGGGUGCGGUUUGGCAAGUCGAUGUUAAUCCAUCUCUUCAUGCUCCGUUCUCGUUCAGGCUCGCAUCUCCUUCGGGUUCAGUUGUGGUUGCUACAAAUGUUGUUCCUAUGGGCUUUGUGCCUGGAAAAACUUAUUUCUCACACGUAAACUUUUAG